CACCACCAGCUGACAUGGUUGAAAGCACUUGCAAAGACAAGAGUGCUAGGACUAAAUGGGCGUUCAGGCUCUACACGUAAAAUAACGCCGUCGAGCCUUUAUAUUGGAGUGGAUAUUCUCCUCCUUUUCAGUCUUCCUUGAGGAAACGGCACUCUCUCGUCGACGGUCAUUUAGUGACGGUUCUGCCUAACCGAGGGUGAAUCGUGCCUCGGCGUCAGGCCCAUUAGUAUUGCGGGACGCUGCCGCACGAUCCGAUUGCAAACCUAAAAGCAUAGCAAGCAAAGCACUCGUCAAAAUGGCAGAGGACGUACCUUCAGUGCUGGAAGGCAAGCGAUUUACAGUGAUCCUGCUACUCAGUCAAGCUAUCAUGAUAUUGUUGUUUGGCAUGUUCGUGGACUAUGCACCCGGCGAGUCUAAACCAUUGAGCAACACUUCACUCAACGCUCCGGAUGCCGCUCAAAACACGGUGGAGACAUUCUAUCCUAUGUGGAUGGACGUUCAUGGAAUGAUGUUCAUUGGGUUCGGAUUUCUCAUGGCCUUCUUGGCACGGUACGGAUAUAGCAGCAUCGGUCUGAAUUUCCUCGUCGGCUCAUUCGUCCUCCAGUGGGCAACGCUAGUGCUGGGAUUCUUUCACAUGGAAGGUGAAUACACUACCAACAUCCAAUUGACCAUUACCAACAUGCUGACAGCGGAUUUCGCUGCAGCAGCUGUGAUGAUAACAUUCGGCGCUGUGCUCGGCAAAGUGUCUGCAUUGCAACUCCUCGUGAUAGCCUUCUUUGAAAUCCUCAUCUUUGCUACCAACGAAAUGAUCGGUGUGGAGCACUUCAAAGCUGUUGACAUUGGCGGCUCUAUGUUUGUGCACACAUUCGGCGCCUACUUUGGUCUGGCGCUGUCACGCGUCCUAGCAUCGAAAACACGUGAAGCUCGGCAUGGCGGGCAAGAAACCAAGGAAGGCGCUAUCUAUCAUUCUGAUCUAUUUGCAAUGAUUGGAACAAUAAUUCUUUGGAUCUACUGGCCAAGUUUCAAUGCCGCCCUGGGUAGUGGUGAUCAGAGACACCGUGCAGUCAUCAACACAUACUAUGCUCUGGCUGCCUGUGCCACUACCACUUUUGCAAUAUCCAGUCUCUUCAGCAAAGACGGACGAUUUGAUAUGGUUCAUGUGCAAAAUGCCACUCUAGCUGGAGGUGUUGCAGUAGGAGCAUCGGCAGACUUCCUCAUCGAACCAUGGGGUGCCAUGUUCCUGGGAGUGUUUGCUGCAGUCUUGAGUGUCCUUGGCUACACGUUUCUACAGCCGUAUCUACAGAAAUACUGGCACAUACACGAUACCUGUGGCGUACACAACCUGCAUGGUAUGCCAGGAAUACUGGGUGGUCUGGGCGGUAUAGUUGCCACAGCAACACUAUCCACUAGCAAGUAUGGCAACAGUCUCUAUCAAGUCUAUCCAGCGAUGGCCCCGGAGGAAGCGAAUGAUGCUGAGCUACUCCGACUGACAAGUCUUGGCUACACAUACGAAACUGGUGAUGGCCGCAGUAGCUCAACACAAUCACUGUACCAGCUGGCCACACUUGCUGUGACCAUCUGCAUGGCUCUAGCUGGAGGCACACUAACAGGCUACAUCGUGCGCCUGCAGUUUUUCCAGCCAGUCAACGACAGAAACAGCACCUUGUUCGAGGAUGCUUUGCACUGGGAGGUCAAUGACAUGGACCUCAAGGAGAUAGUCGAGAUACCCAUGCCCGCAGCUGGGAUGGAAGACGGUGCAAGCAGCGGCUCCACAGAACAAUUGCAUCAACGUGCAGCUGCCACAGCCACUGUCAUCGCACGUAGUGGACAUUCAUCACCUGUAAAUGAUCAAAGUGUUUGAAGAACGUCAAUUGCUAAGUGGACCACAUCAACAAUUUCUAGCUUAAUUCUCACCUGAAGUGCGAAGGAAACGGUAAAGGUGCCUUUCCUGAGACACAUACCAGCAGCUUGAACCCGGAGUCGGAGCUUGUCAAUUACGGCAUCAACUUGCAGACUUCCCCUUUCUUAGCUACCAGCAAGUUGUGAUCACUCAGCCCAAGAAAACACCCAUUUGAAAGUAGAGGUACUUUGUGAUAGUACCAAUUCCCAUUCCACCACCAUAUGCACAACACUAGUAAUGUGCGCUGCACACGCGCAGCAAUUACAUGCCAUCACUUAAUCGACAAAAUCAUUCUUGAUGAGGGAAUUGUACUCGGUACAUGUAUCAGGUUUUAGCAAUGGUAGCAAUGUUACAUCAUUCAAACACUCUGUUGGGUUUUUCGGAUAUUGGAGCACUUUGUGUGCUUUUGCAAUACGGUCGACUCCACUUAUUUCAACACGGAUGCAAUGAGUUUCGUGACACAGCAUUGUUCAUGUCCCUGUUCUAACCCAUACAGAAUUAUUGUUUGUAUAAACAAAUCAUAAUCUUGUUGGGAACAUGUAAAAAACAAGUGCAUUCGUGAAGUUACGAGCAGCAUGCCAUAUAGACAGAAUUUAUAGUGUAACUUUACUAGUUAGGGGUACUAGUACUACUACUCCCGCACAUUGGUGUUUGUUACAUCCAGAGUAGACCGUAUUUUUUACUUAGUUGCCAUGCCGACCAGGCACUGGCAGUUUGUAACCCUUAGAAAAAUAGAAUAGAAAUCGA